CUGUUCUUCCAUCACACGCUUACCCUCUCUCUCUCUCUCUCUCCCUCUCCCUCUCCAUUCCCUUAGCUUAGCUUCUGUAACUUCCCGGGAAAAUAAAACGGAAAGUUCAAAGGGAAAUCACCUCUAGGGUUUAAGGUUGUUCUCCGCCAAUCAAAAAUGUCUCAGACGGGGAAAUUGAUGCCAAAUCUCGAUCAGCAAAGCACCAAAAUGCUCAAUCUCACGGUGCUGCAGAGAAUCGAUCCCUUCAUCGAAGAGAUUCUGAUUACGGCCGCGCAUGUAACCUUCUACGAAUUCAACAUCGAGAGCAAUCAAUGGAGUCGCAAGGAUGUUGAAGGGUCUCUCUUUGUUGUUAAAAGGAAUACUCAACCACGGUUCCAGUUCAUUGUAAUGAAUCGGCGUAAUACAGAUAACCUAGUGGAGAAUCUCUUGGGAGAUUUUGAGUAUGAAGUACAAGUUCCAUAUUUGUUGUAUAGGAAUGCAGCCCAAGAAGUUAAUGGAAUUUGGUUUUAUAAUCCCCGUGAAUGUGAGGAAGUUGCAAAUCUCUUUACUAGGAUCCUUAAUGCAUACUCAAAGGUUCCUCCAAAGUCCAAAGUAGCUUCGAGCAAAAGCGAGUUUGAAGAACUUGAAGCAGUCCCAUCCAUGUUGGUCAUGGAGGGGCCACUGGAGCCAUCUUUGAAUGCCUCUACCGCCACUGAUGCCCCUGAAGAUUCUUCCUUUGUGAACUACCUGGCAGCUAUGAAUAUUGGAGGUAAUACUACAAACCCAACAAAUUCAAGACAGGCCUAUCAUUCUGCUGGAACUGUUCCAGCAUCUUCCUAUGCACCCAGUGCUGUUUCACCUCCUGCACCAACUCCACAACCACCACCCCUUUCCCUUUCAGUCCCAUCUACGCCAACCCCCCAGCAUGUCCCCUCUGAUCUAACCACCAGCAACAAUCGAGUCACUAAUCUUAUAAAGCCCUCUUCUUUCUUCCCUCUCCCUGCUUCUUCAUCUUCGUUGAUUAUACCACCUGUUGCUUCAGCUGUGCCAACUGCUGCUGCACUUCAUCCUCCCCUGAAUCUGCAACGCCCUUAUGGUACUCCAAUGCUUCAACCCUUUCCACCACCGACGCCCCCACCAUCUUUAACUCCAAAUUCCGCUCCUCUGGCUCCCAAUGAUGGGCCUCUUAUUAACAGAGAAAAAGUUCGUGAAGCACUGCUGAUGCUGGUUCAGGACGACCAAUUCAUCGACAUGUUAUACCAAGCAUUGCUGAAAGUGCACCAUACAUGAUAACUUAGUGGAACCAGUGGGGUCGUCCUCUGCAAAUUUGAUAUGAGUACAAAAUCAUGUAGAAUAAGUUCUGUAUAUAGUUAUUCUACUUUGGUCCUCAAGAAUAAUGGCAGCACAACAGCUAAGGGGUAACAUCGGCCAAAACUUCUCUCCGCUCUGAGCUUGUCAACUUUCGUGAGGAAUUACUGACUUGGGAGGGUUGCAAGGGUGGCACUCACUUGGUCUGUUUGUUAAUCCAUAUGUAUCUUCCCCUGGAAUUUAAUGUUUGUAACACUUAGUUGAGUUUUUUUUGCUCUUUUUAUUUCCAAUGUUUAAUUUGGAGGAGUAAUUUUGGUUCUUUAGGAGGUUUGGUUGUAUUAGUUGUAUUCAAACUUAUGUUAAGACGUUGUGAUUAUGGAUUUAUUUUAUUUCUUUUAUUGCUGCGUA